GCAGCUGAGAGAAGUGCAGCAACACACGGGUCCAAUGUGUGCGCGCCUCUCCUGUAUGCGCGACAGCUGUGAUCUUCGCAACGUCGUCUCAGGAGCAGUUAUGUCGACUGCAGCGAGAACCGACCCUUCGGCCACCAAUCUCCGUGCUGUGCUGACCAGUUUCGCAGUGUUUUUUUGCCAUCAGUAGUGUCCGCGAACUUCAACGGGAGUGCACCAUGGCGUCAGUGAAGGUUGCCGUGCGUGCGAGGCCCUUUAAUCAAAGGGAAAUUGACAUGAAAAGCAGCGAGAUCAUUCGCAUGGACGGUAACAAGACAUGUAUUGAAAACCUGAAGUUUCAGAGUCUAAUCUCCUGCCCCAAUAUCAUAGUGUCUCCGCAGGGUGGAGCCGAAGAAUUGGGCCGAGAGCGAAUUAAGGAAUUUACGUUUGACUAUUCAUACUGGUCUGUGCACCAAAGCGAUGCGCACUUUGUAACACAGGAACAGGUCUUUAAUGACCUUGGCCAAGAGGUUGUGGACAAUGCAUUUGAAGGCUACAAUGCGUGCAUAUUUGCCUACGGUCAAACUGGAUCAGGAAAGACAUUUACUAUGAUGGGCUCAUCCGACAAUGAAGGGCUCAUACCACGAAUUUGCCAAGCUAUGUACACAAGAAUGAAGCUGGGCCAAAAUUCGGGCACUACAUUUCGUACAGAGGUUAGUUAUCUUGAAAUUUACAAUGAAAAGGUCAAGGAUCUGUUAAAGCGAGAAAGCACACAGCACAAUCUCAGAGUUCGAGAGCAUCCAAAGCUUGGCCCUUAUGUACAAGACUUGUCGCGUCACCUUGUCAUGGACUACUCCGAUGUGGAGGAGCUCAUGGCACGCGGAAAUUCGCACAGGACGACUGCAUCCACAGCCAUGAAUGAUGUUAGCAGCCGGUCGCACGCUAUUUUUACAUUGAAUUUUACUCAGGCAAAAUUUAUUCGUGACCUCCCUAGUGAAACAGUCAGCAAAGUGAACUUGGUGGACCUUGCAGGCAGUGAGCGAGCGGACUCCACCAAGGCUACUGGCCAGCGGCUAAAGGAAGGUGGCCACAUCAACAAGUCCUUAGUCACCCUUGGAACUGUUAUAUCAGCACUAGCCGAGCUGUCAACCAGUAACAGCCGGAAGCGCGUUUUCAUUCCCUACCGGGAUUCUGUCUUGACAUGGCUCUUGAGAGACAGCCUGGGCGGGAACUCCAAGACAAUCAUGAUUGCCACCAUCUCUCCUGCGGAAUGCAACUAUGGUGAGACGCUGAGCACCUUGCGCUAUGCAAACCGUGCCAAGAAUAUUAUCAACAAGCCGACUAUCAACGAGGACCCGAAUGUCAAACUCAUCAAGGAACUUCGCGAGGAGAUUGCCAGGCUACGAUCAAGGGUUGGAGGUGAUGACAGUAGCACACAAGUCAUGGAGAAGCUCCAGGAGAAUGAAGCAAGGGUGAAGUUCCUCACGGAGGAAUGGACAGAGAAAUGGAAGGAGACUCACAAAAUUUUAAAGGAGCAAAAGACCCUGGGCCUGCGGAUGUCCGGCCAAGGUGUCGUCCUCGACUCCGAGCGGCCCCACCUGAUUGGCCUGGGAGAUGACAUUCUGAGCACGGGGGUUGUGCUAUACCACUUGAAGGAUGGAAAGACCUUCAUUGGCACUGAGAAUGCGAACACCAAGCAAGAUAUUGUCCUGUCUGGUGCUGGAAUCCAAGACGAGCAUUGCUCCAUAGAGCUGGUUGAUGGUGGUGCCACACUCUACCCGAACCAGAACUCAGAGUGCUGCAUCAACACAAUGCCUGUGGACAAGCCAACCAGGCUCACCCAAGGCUGUGUCGUUCUGCUAGGAACGACAAAUGUGUUCCGAUACAAUGACCCUGCCGAGGUGCACAAGCUUAGAAAGGAGAAGGAAAGGAGGUCGCUUAUGAACCUUUCCCACUUGUCUUUUCUGAGCCGAUCGGCAGGUGACAUGUCGAAGUCCACGGAGAGCAUCUGUGGAAAUGGGUUUGAGGCUCAUGAAGAUGGAAGUGAAAAGAUUAUGGACUUGAGCAUGCGCAAGCUGCUGGAGAAGCAGUCCGGCAACCACGAUGAGCGCAACAACAACAGCAGCAUUGUUGCUCCAUUGAGCAAGGAGCAGGAGGCUGUGGAGGCGCAGCUGUCUCAGAAGCGCGAGGAGCUCAGGCAACUGCAGGAGAAGACUGAGGAGCUGAAGAGGAUGGCCGACGAGGCCCACAGAAAAGCUGAGGAAGAGCAAACAAAGCUUGAAAAAGUAACGGAGGAAUUGCGGAGACAUCUGGAGAAGCAAGCUAGUGAAGAGCAAGGCACAGCGCAGAGGAUUGUUCAGCUUCAACAAGAGCUGCGCUACCUGACUGCAAAAGAGAAAGAAGUGCGUGAGAAUUUUGAGCAGCUCAAAAACAGGCUUCAACAGGAGCGUGUGUACGUGCUGAGCAAACUCGAGACUGAGCAGUCGCGCCUCUACGACGAAAUCAAGAGCCUCGAGAUGAAGGAGCAAGACUUGAAGGACGCCAUUGUCAAGCAGCAGCAGGAGCUGGCUCGCAUGGACGAAGAGGUCAGCCAGAAAAAAGAGGAAUACUCAUCUCAGACGAAUCUCCUGCAAGAGGAGAUACGCCUUCUGAGAGACGAACUUGAGCUUUCGACGACUCAAGCAUCGGAGAACUGGCGCUCCCUCCUGUCACUGAUCUCCGGUGCCCGCGACGACCUUCCACUACCCAAGAACACGGGCGACCUGGAGAACAUCGUCGAGAGCAUCCGCCAGCAGCUGGCCGACAAGAAGCACGCCCAACUAGCCGAAAUCCACGAAGAGCGCCAGAGCAUCGCAGGCCAAAUCGAAGCUCUGGCGGAGAAGCAGAAGUUGCUGCAGAGCUUCGAAAAUUCUCCUGAUGAAGACAGCUCGGGCGACUGCCAAGGUAGAGAGGCGAAAGGUUGCGGUGAGAGGUCGUCGGGCAAGGCAACCUCCGACGAAAAGGGCGACAAACUCUCGUCGGACGAGUCCGAUGGUGAAGAAGUGAGCACUCUCGUGAAGGGGAGGCUUGCUUUUGUGGGCGAAGAGGUACGCAAACUUCAGGAAGAGGAAAAGGCACUGGGCAGGAAGGAAGAGGACGUGGAAGUCGGCUGGCGGCACAAUCUUGACACGCUGGACUCGCUUCUUCCGUUGCUCGAGUCCAUGGUUGAGGACUUGGACAAAUUGGAAGGUUGCAUUUCGGAAAAGGAACAAGACGUUGCCGACAUUGAAAGUUCAGUAAACCAGUGUGACAGCAAGCUGAAGAGUGUUUCUACCGAGAAGGAAAACCUGGAACAGCAGCUUCAAAAGGUUCAAGAUCGCAAGGUGGAUGCUGACACGGAACAGAAAGAGCUCAAGACAUCCCUGAACAGCCUGGACGACAAGAUGGCAUUUUUGGCUCAGCAGGAGGAAGACAUACUGAGCACGUUGAAAAACAAACGGCAACGAGUUGAAGAGGAGCUGUCCAAGUUCAGCAACGGUAACGAGCCGUUGCUCGACGCUCUAGGCAACGUGAGUCAGGUGUCAUCCCCUGCACACAACGAAAGCUUCCUUCUGCCAUGCUCCGACAACCUUGGACCUCUGACAUCAUCUCCCAUGUCCAACAAACUGCAUCAUAGCAGCUGGGAUCUGCGAGGUCUUGAAGAGAGGUACCUGGUCAUAGAGAAGGAGCUUGAAGAGCGACGGAAAGCAUUUGAAUCUGAGCAGGAAGAAGCUGAAAAUGACAAUGUCUACCUGAAACAGGUCAGGCAGAUGGAGUACCAGCACCAAGAGAAACUACGAGAUCUAAUAAGGGAGAGGGCAGAAGACAUGCAGAGGCGAAACUCAUGCCUGCAUCAGCUGCCCUAUGAUAGCAAUUCUUCCACUCUUCCUGGAAGAAGGCAAAACAUCACAUCUCGAUCUCUGCCCAUUCUCCCAACGCACCCGUACCUGUCGUUCGAGCGAGGCACGGAAGAGUGUCCUAUCAGAAUAUCCAUUCCGUCCUACACGCUGCGAGGAAGUGGCUCCAAUGCUCACAUCGAAUACGAAGUCAAGGUGGUGGUCAUGGACGACAGCUGGACCUUGUAUCGGCGAUACAAGCGGUUUCGAGAGCUCCAUGACUACAUGAAGUUGAAGUAUGGACACAAGGUGACGCUACCGUACUUCCCCCCAAAGCUGCUCUUCGGGAACAAGUCGCAGCGGUUGGUGGAGGAACGUCGCAAGCUGCUGGAGGUUUACCUGAUCGAGCUCGUCAACAGCUGUCGCCGCGACCUCUCCUGUCCUCUGCACCGAACAGUGCAGGGCCUCUGCAAACAGCACAUGUGGGAGUUUGCACCGUUCUUCCGCAAAGGAUGCUUCGAGACGAGCAAGCACAGCACCGGCUGAAGACACUGCAUCACCUGGGAGAAACCUUCACCCGCUGCUGUGUGUUUCGUGGGACAGCAUCAGUUGCACUAUGCCUUGCAAUGUGAUUUUGAAGUUGAGAUAGUGAGCCUUUUUCCACAGCGUGUAGGUAAAAGCUCGAAAAGUAGAGAUGUUCAAAUACCGUAGUUUUUAAUGACUGAUGGCAUCGUUUGUCAUGCAAAGCAAACCUCGCUCAUGGUUCAUCCUUGUGAUAGCUCAUAUCUGAGUGCUGUGCUUCCACACAACGUUGGCCUCCAAGCCUCACAGUGAUAUGGCAUUGAGUUUGUUGGUACGAGCAUUCUUUUGCCAGGGGAAACCAACUGUCAAGUUACAGCACACAUUCACUCACUGAAGUUAUUUGUUAAAGGUUCUCGCUGGAAGGAGCCUUACAGCAAGUUGUGGCCUAGACACUGUAACCACGAAAUUGAUGCUUGUAGCGACAACAUGCCCAUUAGCGGGCGGAUUGGUGCGCCAUCUGUGACCUUUCUGUUGCGUUGAGAAAUCCUUGUGCAAUGAGUGGGAGGUGUGUUUAUGCCCAGCCUUGCAAAAGUCACGCCUGUUCCUAAAUGCUGUCAACCUUGAGGCCAACUAUGCAAAGGCAGCAGGAAGUGAUGUCACGAGGCUUUUCUGGUGGCCAAGGACUAGCUGCUUUUCCAAGAGCCGAACUUUCGUUGCACGUAUACUCACUUGACAAAGUAUGAUCUAGUGCACCUUCUUUAUAGGCCACUUUGGUGCAUCUGCUUUCAUGAAGCAAUAGUUGUGGUGCUUUUUUCUUGCUGUAGCUCUGGAAAACAGUUCUGUCGCUGUGUUGGCUUUCAGUGGAAAUUAAGGUAGUAGUGUCCGCCUGUGCAGCGUUACUGGUAAAUCAGGCAUUGCUUGUUGCACCAUUGCAACGCUGGUAUCAAACACCACAAAAAUGAUCUUGUGCAUGCCGCAAAAGGCACAAAGCAGCUCUCACAUGCACAUCAUUCGUGUUGGAAAAGGCUGUGGGUGACAUUCAGGAGCAAAGUUAGCUGCUACACGUCCUUUAUUAGACAUGCGUGAUCUGAAUAUUGUGAAAGACCUUCUGAGCAAGUUGUCAUACACAAUAUGAGUGCAAAUAUUAGCCAUUGCAAUAUUUUUCUCUUAAAGCUGUUAUCUAGUUUUUCUUGCCUUGACAUGGUGGCAGCUUGAAAGCAAAGCUUGUAUAAUGCACCUAACUAUCUAAUCUGACUUUAUUUAACUCUUAUUCUAGGUUUUACAUUUGUCUAUUUCGUUCAUGAGAAAUUUGUUUUAGAGCAUGCUGAAAGCCAGACAGAUUUUCCUUCUAGCUUCCAUGGGAAUUCUCUAUUGUCUUAUUUGUAUAGAUAUUUUUAGCUUUCCAAGAGCUUAUACAGUGUUCCAUUAUAGGAUAUUUUGAGGUGUGCCCUUUAUUUUACAGCUUUGUAUUUCUGAGUCAGGCCCGCUGCAAUGCCUUUGUAGAAAUUUUUUUUGUAGGUUUCUGCACAGAUUUCUUGUAUACUCGAUUAAUCCUUGUCCCCUGCAUUCUUGUUCACUUUUGAAUGUAUCAUACGCUUUUUAAUAUUUACUUGUGCUUCGCUAUGUGAUUAUAUGAGAAGACGUCGGCACAAAGACUUUUGGUGCGCACAAUGAAUUCCUUCACAGUUAUUAUAUGCACUGUAGCAUGGGAGGCUUAUUUGACUGGUUCACUAGCUGCCAGAAGCGAGAGUUGUAAGCUCAUAUGCACCGAGGAACGCACUAAAGCAUGUUGCUAUCAUGUGACAGCUCAAAACACAUUCAUGUGGAAUCCUGAUCUCGUACAUCACGUAGAGCUUGGCACUGAUUACGGCGAUCUUUUAGUUUUUUCACGCCUUUCUGUAUCUCUGACCUAAAGCACUCCCUUAUCAUGCAUGAAAGAGAAUUAGUUCAACACCGUCAAGAUAUUUAUCUCUCAUACUUUCAUCCACAAAUGCUGCAGGUUCUUCGAAGUAGACUUUAAAAAGGAGUGUAAAGCAACUUCGACGAGCUUAACCCAUUUGCAAAUAUACUUGGUUUUAUAGCUAUGGUAUAAAAUAGCGUACUGUAUUGUAUCAAAGUGUGAGGCUGUUGUGCCAGGCCACAUUUUAGUCAUUUUUCUUUUAUUAAAUCUGCAACGCAAGCGUCUUCGUUGGAAGAUUUAUAUAGUCAUCGAGUGACAUGCUCACGGUUUUAUGAGACUGCAGAGCUGCAUAAUGAAUUAGGUGCUGAAGGUGCCCGCUGAAAAUCGUUUCCAAUGCAUAGUCAAAACUUCAGUGCAUGCAUUUAGAAAGCCACCAUAAAAUGUAAUGUUGUGGAGUAAGUCAAAAAGCUUUUCUUUUGCUUUCGGUAUUUUAAAGGAAACUAGCAAAAUGUCACACACAGCCUACCUCGCGCCAAUCGUGUUAUGGAACUUUCAUUGCAUUGUAACGUUUGGUUGACUUGGCGCGACAUACAGAGUGCUGCAUGCAUGUUUCCAUUGGCAUAACUUUUAUCGUGUAUUUGUUGGGGUGCACAGACAUUUCUGUAUGCCGCAUACCUGCCUUCUGAGGCUUGUCACUAGUAUGUGACGCUUGCUUGCAUGUCGCGACUUAUAUCUGCUCUCUUGAGACAUUCGUCUAGAACAUUCUUGUGGACCUUUGCUUGGUCACCGAACUGUAUUGUGAGCAUUGAUCUGUCCAUCAUUGAUGUUGGCUUUGGUGAUACUAAACAUACGGCCAUUCUCAGUUUCGUGGGCAAGGAACGACACUGGACAGUGGGGUCUGCAUCCUCCUGAGAAGUAAACGCACAAAAAUCUGCUCAUUCCAGCAUUUUCUCGACAAUGUGUUUUGUUUGAAGUGUUAUCGGUGACGCCUUUUCUGUGUACUGUACGUGCGUCAAUUUGUGUACAACGUAUAUGCAUGUGUUUCGUUUAUAUUUAUACUGAAAAGGCGCUUUUUUUUGCUUGUGUACAUUUGUGUUCUUGUCAGCGCGCACACGUGAAGAGAAGCUUCAUUUAACAUAAGAUCUUCACCACCGAAGACAUGUUUCAAUUUAGUGUUAGCCGCUAGCUGUUUAUUUAGCUAGUGGUACUUUUCCAGCUAAAGUUUGACUGGUUAAUAAGUAACCACACUUGACCAAGCUGCUACUAUUUGUGAAUGGUGAGCACUUAUAAGAUGGGAAAUUUAUUCCCUUUCAAGUGGGAUUUUGUAAGUUUGUUAAAUUUGUUCUUAGAGCUGCCAUGAAAAACUGUAGCUCGUUCUUGUUUAUAAUCUGGAGUAAUACUGAAUUGUUUGUAAUCACUUAGUGAGUUUGAUCAGUGUGCACGGUUUGCUAAUGUUUUGACACAUACACAUUUUGGCUUUUGGUAUCCUUGUGCAUCAGACUGUUUAGAUCUUAAUGUGUUUUGCAGCACUUGCAUUGCUUGAGUGCAGAUAUGUUGAGAUGUUGUACCUGACAAUUAUUUCACACCUCAGCAUUCUGGGUUGACUUUCACUUCGACUUUGAAUAGGGACAGAGCAUGGUGAUAACAUAUCCGCAUUUGAAGUGAUGCUAUAUGGUCUCAAGUGGCUUCGGUUUCAAUGGCAAUACACUGCUACCACUCGUUCUCUGCAUGCUUUUGACACUGCAGAGACGCCCGCGAACGUCAGUAUUCAAAGGAUUCUCGUUUUUUGUUUUGUUGUUUAAGCACGAUUGCAAUUUUAGCAUUUGUAAGAAGCAAAUUUGUUUAGUUGCUGAUUAAUAUACCACCUCACCCCACCUCACUGUCGUACCUACUAACCACUAGGUGCACACAUGGUCUGCAUAGGUAGUGCGUUAAAGUUGCUGAAGAAACUGGACAGUUGCCAGACAUGUGGCUUUGCCACGAUGGUUUUAGUGGUGUAUCACUACUGAAGCAAUGAAAUUGUAAGCAAUUUAGCUGUAGUGAAUAUCGUGGCAGCUGGCAUUUGGGUGCUUGGCGUUGCUGCUGUUCUUUUAGUUGCUGACGAUUUUUUUUUUGCAGUAGUAUACCCGUGAUUGCAGAAUUACAUAUUUUUCUUGGAAUGAGUCUAUGAUGAACGAAGGGAAGAUCAGUUUAUCUAAAUCGUUCUUGCAUUAGCACAUGUGGUGCAUGCAAUGACAGUGUGAAUGAUGUAUAGCUGUGGGUGACCCAUCAAAUUUUGCCACACUAUCGUGUCAUGAUGGUAUCGAAUUUGGUGUAACAUCUUUUGACGUACUUGAUUUCCUGCGUCUUGUAUGAACAGCACCGUUUUUGUAAAAUGCUAUUAUAAGACAGUCCUAGCAUUGUACUUGACAUUUAUUUAUGUUUAAAACAAUUGCAGUUAGGACGUUGUCUGUGGCAGCAAUAUCAUGAUGUAACAAUAUCUACACUACACUGUGUGCCUGCUAGUUUUGUUUAAUCAAAGGUAUGUGCCUUACUACCACGUCUUAGCCAAUGCUGAAAACAUUUGUGAUGAGCAAUUCUAGUGAUGCUGUGAGAGCAGUGUGUCUUGAGAUGUGCGAGUGUAAAAUUAAAUGCCUUCUAGGAUUUCACAUUCUUUUGAAGAAGAUUGCAAGUGCACAGUGCUGCGUUAACACUGACUUUAGAGAUUGAUUGUUAGUCACAUGCAUCAGUAGCUAUUUCACUCAUGGUAUCUGUACAUAAACAUGCCUCCAUGUUGUAUGUGUUGACAACUUGACUUGGCUCUCUUUUUGGGACUAUGGCAAACCGCUCACAAUCCAAAUGAACGAGAUUAAUGCUAGGGCUGGUUCCAUCACAAGGUUCCAUGCACGCAGGAAAUGGGCGAGAAAUCAUUUCACAAGUUGCACACGUCUACACCAGCAGCGUUAUUUGUCAUCAACUUGUUCCUCGUGCACAAAAGAAAAAUGUGAGGUUAUCGCAAUAUUAGUGUGUCUGCCUUGGCACUGGUACCCUAGCAGCACCAACUGUUCACGCAAUGUGUUCGUGGUGUUGAUAACAUUGCCCUAAUGUCCUAAAUGUUGCCUCAACGUUAUGGCAACAAUGCGUGCUACUGGGUAGUUGCAUGCACAUAAUUUGUCUUGUGUAAGCAGAGAGCUCCCGCCUGGCGUUUGCAUAUUUUUAAUCUAAUCUAACAGCUAUAAACAUUUAAUGGUGGCAUUUAAUGUUGCUGUUUCCACAGAGCCUCUGACAACAAUUGCUAGAAGGCCAGAAUUAUCGUACUAGUGUCUACAGGAGCUUCAAUUAUGACAACUCAGCCAGCUUGGGAAUUAGGGUUAAUAUGCAUAUCUAUCAGACUAAAUUUCGUCCAUUUGAUUCAUACGGUUUUGCGAGUUUGCAAAAUUUAUGCCUUUCUAUGAAACAUCCUGUUGUAAAAUGUAACAUUUCACGAAGAUACAACAUGCACCAACUUACUGUCCUCGUGUCUUCGGAAGGGUAUGCACGAAGAUCAGGCAAAUUUAUGUGCUACCCAAAAUUCCAGUUGCAGCUGCAGCGCAACUGCAAUGCAGUUUUCUCUAGUAAUUUACAUUUAAAAGACCUAUAGCUGUUUUCUACGAAAGUGUGCGAAAGCUACUGUCUACCAUAAUUGUCAAGUUACAGUGCUUAAGACGAGGACAGAGGCAGACUAUGACGACACAAGCACUGACUUGCAACUCAAAUUUUAUUUGAAGAAACACCGUGAUAUGUGCAAAUGCUGACUUGGCUGUGACAAAGUCACCAUACAGGCACAGCAGAAGCCAUUGAGGUGAUAAACGAGCCAAUACACAUUAUAUGAGCGUGUCUGUCAUAACCAAUUAUGAAUUACCUCCAACUUGCCAAAGUUUCACGUCUACCAGUCCAGAGUAUGCAAAAGGCGUUGGGAUUGGCAUAACCUUAGAGGUACGCUUGGCUCAUGACCUUAUCAACAGGAUAACUUGUGUGCACAAAGUUUUCUCACAUGUUAAUGUUCAAAGAAGUGUCACUGGAUGCCAUUGUUGUUCACAUCUGCAUCUUGUAUUCUAGCAUUGCAACAAUGUUCAAGCCUACAUUUUUAGUGUGUGCACGUAACAGUAUCUACAUGCCAGGGGCACAUUUUCUAUAGGUUCACUGUAAAUUCUAUUAGGUUCCGCAGGUUGCUCAACAUGUCAUCUUUUUCACGGUCGAGGCUGCAUGGAAAUUGUGUGCGGUGGAGUUCUCUGUAUGAUCUGAGCCAAUUUAUCACAAAUGCAUUUCUGUUGGCUGUUUCUUUACAGAAUGGCCAAUAAAUGUUCCUUCAUUGUUA